GGCAGCGCGCGCCCAACCGCGCCAGUGGACGAGAUGCAGCAGCUCGCGCCGCUUGUCGUGCUCGCCUUCCUGGCCGGCGCCUUCGCCGCGUCUCCCCUUGGCCAUAACAAAGCAGUGGUGUGUUACGUAUCAAGUUGGGCUGUGUAUCGACCAGGAAAUGGAGUGUUUACUGUCAGUGAUAUCAACCCAAAUAUUUGUUCUCAUCUUGUCUAUGCAUUUGCUGGGCUAAAUGCUACAGACAACACAAUUAUAACUCUUGAUAAGUACAAUGAUCUAGAAGAGGAUUAUGGGAAAGGUAAUUACAAGAAGAUAACUGGUUUAAAAAACCAGUACCCUCACCUGAAAGUCUCCAUUGCUAUUGGUGGCUGGAAUGAAGGCUCUGCAAAUUAUUCCCACAUGGCAUCUACUCCAACAACUAGACAACAAUUUAUAAGAAGUGUUGUAAAUUUCUUAAGGAAAUACAACUUUGAUGGGUUGGACCUGGACUGGGAGUAUCCAACACAAAGAGGUGGUGUCCCAUCUGACAGAGAAAAUUUUGUUGCUUUAGUGCGGGAACUUCGACAAGAGUUUGAUAAAAAUGGUUGGUUGCUUACUGCAGCACUCGGUGCAUCCACGGCAGUUAUCGAAAAAGCUUACGAUGUGCCAAUGCUCGGCAAGUACCUCGACUACAUGCACAUUAUGUGUUACGAUUACCACGGUACCUGGGAUAAAAUGACAGGGGCCAAUGCACCAUUGUAUGGAGUCUCACCUUCUGAUACACUUAGUGUUGACAGCAGUAUUCGAUAUUACUUAAAGCUUGGAGCUCCAGCAAAGAAACUGUUGAUGGGUGUGCCAUUGUAUGGACGUACUUUUAUGUCUGAUGCAAAUGCUAAUGUGGGAGGUCUCGGUGCUCCUGCAGAGGAGAAAAGCUUUCAGGGACCAUAUACUAAAGAAGAUGGAUACAUGGGCUAUAAUGAGAUAUGUUUGGAACUAAAGACUAAUAGUUCUAUGUGGACAACAAUGUGGGAUGACAAAUCAUCCACACCAUAUGCAGUCAGUACAAACAAAGUGAUUGUUUAUGACAAUGCCAAGAGUCUGACAGAAAAGGUAAAUCUGGCCAUGAAGCUUGAACUGGGUGGUAUCAUGGUGUGGCCUUUAGAUACAGAUGAUUUCCGUGGCGAGUGUUCUGAAGGCAUCUAUCCUCUAAUGCACACAAUAAACAAAGCAAUUGUGCAGUCAUCACAGCAAAAGAGUGACUCAUCGGGUAUGAAGGCAGCUGAUUCUACAGCAGCUGCUUCUUGCGGAUGUGCAUCAUUGAUUUUCCUAAGUUUUCUGUAUUUAUUCCGACUAUAAGAUAAUUUUUGAUAGUUAUACUUCUUCUAUGCAUUAAAAUGCAGUGCUGAGCCACAUGCAUAUGAUCAGAAGAUAUAAUGCUCAGACUUUCAACUUACACAGCAUCUGUGAAAUUAAUUAAGAACCUUUUUCUGAGUGCGACUAUUUUCUCUGUAAACAUUCCAGUGUCACUCUGAAUUUACUUGUCCUACAUUAAGUUUAGAAAUUUUGCAUUUUUGUACAUUCACUAUGGAGCUCUUAUGUUUGUAAUUUUUGAAGUAAUUAUCUUACAAAAGGAUAUUCAUGUUAUAUUACACAACUUCUUUUCGUAAAUGUAGGAUCAUUAUUUUACUGUGAACACUUGAUGUGUGGAUGUAAUAUUUGAAACUUAAGUACAGGAUCUUAAAACAGA